CGCCGGUGCUUAUCAUUCGAAUUGAUUAUUUUUUUUUGUGUGUACUCGCUAAUUUUUACCUGAUUAAAUUUUUUUAUUAUUAUUAGUCAACUAAACAAUCCGGUAAAAAUCGUUCGAAAAUGGGUCGAAAAUUUUUUGUCGGUGGUAAUUGGAAAAUGAAUGGAUCUCGUGCAACAAACGAUGAUCUUAUCAAAAUAUUAACAAACACACCGUUAGAUCCAAAUACUGAGGUUGUUGUCGGUGUUCCAAGUAUCUAUUUGGCCGAUGUUCGACAUAAAUUAUCCAAAAGUAUCGGUGUUGCUGCACAAAAUUGUUAUAAAGUAGCCAAAGGUGCUUUUACAGGAGAAAUAAGUCCAGCUAUGAUUAAAGAUGUUGGAGCAGAAUGGGUUAUUCUUGGUCACAGUGAACGUCGAAAUGUUUUUGGUGAAAAUGAUCAGUUGAUUGGUGAAAAAGUUGAACACGCUCUUAAUGAAGGAUUAAAUGUAAUCGCAUGUAUUGGUGAACUUUUCGAAGAAAGAGAAGCCGGAAAGACAACUGAAGUUGUAUUCCGUCAAACGCAAGUUAUUUCAAAACAUGUAAAAGAUUGGUCAAAAGUUGUUCUUGCAUAUGAACCAGUUUGGGCUAUUGGUACAGGUAAAACAGCCAGUCCACAACAAGCACAAGAAGUUCAUCAACAACUUCGACAAUGGUUUUCAACAAAUAUUUCACCACAGAUUGCUGAAACUAUUCGAAUUAUUUAUGGUGGAUCAGUAACAGCUAGUAAUGCAAAAGAAUUAGCAUCACAAGCUGAUGUUGAUGGUUUUCUUGUUGGUGGUGCAUCAUUGAAACCGGAAUUUGUUCAAAUUGUUAAUGCUCGUCAAUAAUGUUUUUUUUUCUAUAAAAAAAAAGAAUCCUGCUAAUAUGAUUUACUUUUUUUUCCAAAAUAAUCCAAAAAA